GUUCGCGUCGCAGUUUGCUUUUCUGAGCUUUUUGGAGCAUGUACCCCUCUUUCCCGUCUGUCCCACCAACGGAACUAAACGUUUUCCAUUCGUUCUCAAGACUUUCGGGUAAGUUUGGGGCCCAAGACUCUUGUCAUACGGCAAACUCCCGCUCAUAACCAACAUUCCUAGGCCGUAGUUGCCAAGAUGGAUCCCGCUGCGCGUUUGGCCGCGAAUCUGAGCGUUCUGCGAAGACACGAUGCUGCCAUCAACGGCGUCUUGGAUAGUUCGAGUCACGUUGUCGUGUAUGACUUUGACCCUGGGAACAAAAGCUGGACUAAAAAAGGGAUAGAAGGCACAUUAUUCGUCUUCCAGCGCUCGGUUGAGCCCUUUUAUGGGCUGUUUGUGAUGAACCGGUUAGGGCUCGAAAAUCUGUCCGUCAUGCUCAACUCCGACAUGGAAGUCACGCUGCUGCAGGAGUUUGUUAUCUAUCGACAGCCAGAUGACAGUGUGCAAGGGUUAUGGAUGUAUGAAACAUCUGACCGGACCCGGAUAGUGAAAACGCUGACAACAUACACAGAACGAAGCGCUCCAAGGAAUCACACCCCCAACGUAAAUCACGCGCCACAACAUAACCACAGCAUAACCUCCACACCGCAACUCCAUGCCAAUCAACCCGUCGACAUCAUGGCCAUGUUCCAACGCGCAAAAGUGGUCGAUGCACACGGCGCACCCGUCGACGCUAGACACAGUCCCAGCCCACAACAACACCCCCCACCACAACGGCAUCAGGCUCAGCAGCUGCCUCCGCCGCCGUCUACGUUGCUGACAGGUUCAUCGCAAUCACAGGUUUCGGCGCCCCCGAUCAUGCCUCAGCAGAGGCAAAUACAGCGGCUGGAGGAUGUGUGGCAGUGGGUGGAGGAUCUGGCACCACAGAGCGUCCGUGGUGGGUUGCCGGAUAGGGACUUCAGGAGCAGAAUGUUACAUUUAGCCCAGGAUCAAAACUUUCUGGAUGCAAUGUAUCGAAGCUACCGAUGGGAGCGGCCAACAUGAUAGUUCAAUUGAGCCACGAUUCGCCGCGCUUCCAAGACAUCGAAGAAGCUUGGCCUGGGAUAUAUAUAUUCAAAUCUAGAUUAAUGAUACAAGCGCGCGGGGGUAUCGCUCGCCGUAGAUGUGAGGGUGGGGGUGGGUGCGGC